AUGAGAAAGGAAAAGGAAGAGGAAAAGGUGGAGCAUCUCAUACCCAUAUCGAUACAAAUGGCACAGACAUGCAAUCACUUUGCUGUGUUAGAUGGCAAACUUUAUUUUGUUGCCAACGAUCUUUCCUCAAACGCUCCGGUCAGAACGUCUGAAAAUUUGUUAUGUCGUGAGGUGUGGACCUUGGACCUUGCGCACACUGAGGAGGGAUGGAGUCAUGCACCUCAGUUGAAAACUGGGAGAUGCAACCCGCAUACCAUCGUUCUAAGUGGUAAACUGUAUGUUUUAGGUGAUUUUGACCUAAAAAAGAAUAUGCACAAUCGUUUUCCCUGGAUGGAGGUUUUUGACCCAAUAAAAAGAAAAUGGGAACCCUUGCCAAAUCCUAGAUUUCGCAUUAGGUCGAAUCUUGUGUUUACAACAUCUUUAGAGGAUGAGGAUAAUCAAAAGAUUCUUGUUGCUACAAUGUCACCUAGUUGUGAGAUUGCUCAAAUCUAUGGUUAUGUUGCAGCAUGUCGUUGGACAAAACUUCUGGCUGAUUGUAAGAUGGGUUUUCAUUUGAGGGUUGCAAGACCAGUAAGAUCAAUUGAAAUGGAGUACUUUGAUUUUGGAAGUUUUGUUACUGCUGGUAGCACCCUAUAUUGGGCUUCUAAUCGGGUGGAGGAUGACUAUAUUUGCCGUAUUAAUGCAUUUGAUUUAGUCAAUCAAAAACAUUAUGAAGAAAGCCUACACACUGAUAUCAAAGAGGAUAAAGAAGAUGAAGAAGAGUAG